AGGGAGAAAGGGAGGGCCGUGCAAAUAAUAAAGAGACAAGCGCAAAAGAUAGGCCAACCACUAAAAGUUGACUCGCAGGCUCCGGCUUUAUCAAAGCUGUCUGAGAAAUCGUCCGUUCGCUAUCGGAUCUGCACCGGUGUCGUUUACGCGCGCAGAAUCCCACCGUCAAGUGUUCUCGAGACGAGUAGCGGCCACACCGAGCGCAUCGACCGCGGAGCACGUUUGCAGAGCUCUUUUCUAAGGCGCGAGGAGUUUGUCAGAGCAGUCUUUGCAAGGAGUGCUCGCGUCGUGUUCCACUUGAAACGGUCGUAGGCCCGCAAAGCCGAUUUGACGCCAGCCUGUGCCAGGCGAGUCUCGUUCAGAGCGCAGCGGUAGCAGCAGCGAGCCACGUGGAAAAGAUGGGUCGGGUGCGCCAGUUCCGUUCCUUCUGCGGCAUCGACGAGGUGUCCGCCACGAGCAGCCUAUGGAAGUCCAUGGUAGCCGAGUACAUCGGGACGGCCGUGAUCGUGCUCAUCGGCUGCGGAUCGUGCAUCAACUGGGGCUCGCCAGAGAAGCCGCAGGGCGAGGCCACCAUGGUGCAGAUCGCCAUCGGGUUCGGCGUCACCGUGGCCACCAUGGUGCAGGCGUUGGGCCAUGUGAGCGGCGGCCACCUGAAUCCGGCCGUCACCAUCGGCAUGCUGUUCGUGGGGCGCGUGUCGCUGCUGCGCAGCUUCUUCUACCUCUGCAGUCAGCUCAUCGGAGGCAUCACUGGCGCCGCCAUCCUGCGAGCCGUCACUCCGGAGGCGCGCCACGGGGCCCUGGGCGGCACGUCGCUCGCCGAGGGCGUCACGCCUCUCAUGGGCCUCGGCGUCGAAGCCUGCAUCACCUUCAUCCUGGUGCUCACGGUGUUCGGCGUCUGCGACACCAACCGGCUCGAUGUCCAGGGCUCGGCGCCGCUGGCCAUCGGUCUCUCGGUCACCACCUGCCAUGUCUUUGCGGUCCGGUACACGGGAGCAGGCAUGAACGUGGCGCGCUCUUUCGGUCCGGCGGUGAUGUCUGGAAUGUUUGACGACCACUGGGUCUUCUGGCUGGGACCCAUCCUCGGAGGCGUGACCGCCGCCGUGGUGUACGAGAACGUGUUCCAGGCGCCGCCCAUCACCAGCGAGGACCUGGACAAGGCCCAGAUCACGGUUAUGGCCAAGCUGGCCAACAAGGAGGUAGUCGCCGAUCGCACCACGUCCAUCUGAGUUCCGCAACGCGUGCACGGAACAGAGCGGCGAGGCACCCUUCACCACGCUUCGGCCGCUCACUGCGUGCCAGUUUAUUACUUUCCCAGGUGUCGGAAGCGCGGGCUUUCUAUGGUGUUGCUUCUUUCACCCUUACUCUGUUCCUAUCACUGAAGCGCAAUGCAAGCGCCGAUAAGGCACCGAAUGAAGCUAUCGCUAUAUAAUAGUCAUUCGUACAAAAGAAAGCAUGAGCUGUAAAAAAUGCGCACGAAUACACAGGACGAUUGCGUUUAGUAUUGCGCCUACCUGGCAGCUCAAAACGAGAACGAUAGCUAGCCGCGGUCGAUAUUGUUCGUCUCGCCCCUUAUUAGUCAUCAUGCGUCGUGUGAUUUUUUUUUUUUUUUUACGUUGUAUCAUUCCUCAUCUAAAGUGCUCACGUCAUCUCCGCAGUGCCACACCGCAGCUGUCAAUGUGUGUGUGUAUGUUUUUUUUACACUAAUUUCAAAGAAAAUUCUGCACUUUGACAACAGGGAUAACAAAAUGUUGAGGCGCACACUUUGAUUUGGUGGCGCACUAAAUUAGAUGUCUCACGUCUGUGACACCCGUACACUGUAUGCUGUGUGCUAAUGGGAGUAUCCUUAGACGCGAAUGUCGGGUAUCUGGGUCGAAUCACUGGUGUUUAAACAUUCAUCAAACAAUUGUGUGCUGUAAGAAUGCUGCGAUGCAUGUACCAUUGGAACACUCCUUGAGCGAUAAUUCUGAAAUUGUUAGAGCAGGCAUGUGCAGAUGGUAUCUUCUAUUGCUCACAUCACAUCGCAAACUCAUGAAUGUCAUUCUUACUGGUUAACCAUACAAACGCAUACAGCCGGUAAUUUUAUAUUCAUUAGAUCACCGCGCUUGGUUACAUAGUCUGUAGUGCACAAAAGCAAUGCAUCUUUUUUAAACCAUAUAACCUUCUGAAAGUUCACAAACGAUUGAAGCUGAUCUGUGCAGCACAAAUGGACCGCAUAAAGUGUCAUGCACUGCCGCGCGCUUAGCGUGUAACGCAAAAUGCUCAGGUGAUAAUACGCUAUGUUCCAUUACAGUGCGCUUUGUUGCAACUUGUGUCGAGUGCCAUGCGUGCGACAAAUGUAAAUAAUAUGGUUCCACUAACCACGGACACGCUGUUUCCCCUGCAAUUGCUCGGGCACCUACCCUGUCAGCCAUGUACGCAUAUAAGGAAUCAGUGCUGUUCUCAUUCAUGUUGUAAUAAAAGAGAUAUUUAAUACACGA